GAAGAAUCACAAAAACAAAUUGAGAAGCACAAUUACAUUAAGAAAACCGGAAAGGGUAGGUACCAGUCGGCAACAGGAGACAUCACUGAUUGGAUGUCCGAUCUGUUCGUCUUUGGAACCGGAAGUUACUCUGCCUGUGGCGCAUUUCGUUUGAAGAAGAACGGCGGAAUGUUUUGUCCUAGCUGUGGGAAAAAGCUGGUUGAGGAGUCGCCGAACUUUUGCAGCGGCUGUGGCGAGAGGCUUUAUCACGCAUCUUGCAUCGGAGACACUUCACUCCCAUUGACAUCACAGACUACCUCAAACUGCCCGACUCCAACCUUCAGCACCUUCAUAGAAUACAGAAAAAAGAAAAAUGAAGAGAGGCAAAAGUUUUCUGAAGGGAGGAAGGGCUUAAAGAAAAAGGAAAAAAGAAAGGUUCAGAUAAAUGUCGGCUUGAUGACCAUUAAAAAGGGUGGUUUGAAGCCAUACCGUGGAAAAACUAUUUUCCUAACAACAGACCCUGACGCUACUGCCACAAGUCUGCUCAAUCAAGCUGUUAAAAAAAUGAAGGACUUUAACAAAGAUCUAAAAGAUGGACCUUUCCUUCUUCUGUAUCCGGAUGGCACUGAGGUCAUUACUGUCCCUGGAACACAAAGACCAUUUACACUUGAGGCUUAUAAGGCUGAAGUUGGCAAGCCUUAUCAAAGAAUCACUGUUUUCAUCUGCUUGAAGAGUGACUUUGAAGAUGCCAUGGGAACUUCAACAUGAAAGCAGUCCUUUACAGAAAGCGGCAGAAUAUGAGAAGGGUGCUGGGGAUCUUGUGCUUGCUAAUGAAGUACAACAGGUAAAAAACUAUUUUAUUAGUAAAACAGUGCAGCAGACAAUCUCCACCGCCUUUACUUUGCAAUUAGAUGACGAUUCACUGUUUGCUUAUUACAUUCAUUGUUAUUAUACAAUGCAUUUCACAUCAUCAAUUUUCAUACUAUCAAUAGAUUAUAACAUCCACCCCUUAAAGGUACACUAAGUGAAAUAAUCACAAAGCAGUCUAAUGUCUCAAUCAUGUUGGAAGGAAGGUUACAUUGAAACUAACUGUGUAUGACUCGUCUUUGUCAUCUAGAAUCUUCUGGCGCUGAUCCGUAGCCAUGAAACUCAUGGAACGGGAGGAGGGAGAGUCACUCGUUUGUUUAUAAAGAUAGACUGCAGUACACAAAUUUGACCACAGGAUUUCUUCUUAUUUCAUUCUUACUUACUGUACCUUUAGAUAAUCUAUUGGGAUAGGAAACCUAAGGUACAUCCAUCUACUUCCGGACCAUGGGUCCCCUACUGCUAAAAAAAUAGGAGUCUAUGAGCCAAUAAAAAUUAUUUUCUGAUCCCGUUUGAUGUGUAUAAUGGAUUUAAAAUAUGAUGUCCGUGAAGUAUAUAAACACAUUUUGAUGCCAAAAAAUGCUUAAGCGACAGGUGGCAAAGGUUAUUUUAUGUUUUGUUUGAAAAGACGUGGCGAAAUGUAAAUGUUCGUCUCACAAAAUUGACAUCAUCGAACCAGACACAGAGAAGAGGACAAGCUUAGUUUUGUUUAGCGAGCUUCGAAUCCUUCUUCCAGGAUGAUGUGGAGAAAACCACUAUAAAUCUGGUCAUGUGAUAAUUAGCAGCUACGCUGGGGGAGAAAAGCUUCUGAGGCGACAUCAUAUUUGCGACAUCUGACUUGUAGUCAUUUUAAUGACGAAUUUUUACAAGCUAACAAAUCUCAAAUUACAUUACAGACAUAGUCGAAACACAAUUAUUUAUUAUUUAAAUUGAAGUACAACAUAUGUGUGAUUCAGAGAGUAAGGCAAAGCAGACCAGAAAAUAACUUUUAUAGCUCCAUUCACUUCCAUUCAUUUUUCUUUUGUUCAGGGACCCACGAGCAGACCAGAAGGGGAGGAGACUUAGGCUCCCUAUAUUAAAAUAAUUAUCAAUUGGUCAAAUAUGAAUUUUCAUUCAUCCUCAUUUCGGUAUUUCCAGGUC